GAGAGUUAAACUCGAAUGUACUGGAUCCUGGACAUGUUUCAUUAUUCUCUGCACUUCAAAAGUUUUGUAGAAGAGAGCUCGGUUGGAUCUCGAAGAAUGGCAGGAUUGACUCGUGACAUAGAACCUUUUUUACAAGCUUCGAGACUCUUCGGAUGUGGACCACACGUUAUAACUGAGGAAGAUAUUUUAAUUACGAGACGUGGCAUGAUAUACACGUUUUUAUGGAUGUCCAUAUAUUUGAGCACCUGUGUAAUCGGCCUCUAUUUAAUAAUCAUCGAUACUGAACUCGAGUACAAGAGCUUAUUGUUGACCUUUGCGAGAACAGGUCUAUCUUACAUUUGUCUCUUUACCGAUGCUAUUCUCUCGAUUACUUGGAAUUGGAAGAUUCAUGCUGUCUUCGCCCAAUUACGUAACUUCGAUCGCACCACGAGAUUUAACGAACGUCCAACUAAAAACAAUAACACUCGUCGCAAGUGCCAAGCUUUAGUUUUAAUUACUUUCUUGGUUUGGUUUGCCGUUGGGUAUACGAGCUACUGUUGCGAAGAAUCUGCGCCGAUGUUCAAUGGGAUUACUUAUGGGAUGGUGAACGCGGCGAUAUCGAUGCAGCUAUUGAAAUUUGUCGGAUUGUCUUUUCUCCUCUAUCAAAGAUUUCGAAAGCUCUGUGAGAUAUUGUUACUUCCUGAAGAUGGAAAGAUUAUGGUGUUGGAACGAGCGAGAAUGAAUUUUCGGUUGGAAGAAAUAUGGUGGUUACAUUGUUGUUUGUCAAACGCGACUCAAAUUAUAAAUUCGGUUUACGCGGCUCCACUUUUCUUUUGGAUCAUCAGUAUGUCUUUUAAUACUCUUUCAAGACUUUACACGAUCAAUGGACGUGACGAAUUGCCUACUUUGUUACUGGUACGAGAAUCCUUGUUGAUUUCUGCUUGUGUCGGGAAUCUUUUUCUGAUCAUAGCUAUUUGUCAUGCUACGGCAUCUCAGGCAAACGAUGUCGGAAAAAUUGCCUUUUCCCCACUUUCCUCAGUCAUCGGAAAACGAAAUUUCACCCAGGAUAACAUCGAGGCUGCGGCAUAUUUUCAGCUAAGGAAAGUCUAUUUUUUCGCUGCUGCCGGCUUGAUUCGCAUCGAUCUGUCUCUUCUUCUUUCCGUAAGACGCAUGACGACGAAUUCUACAACUGCUACUUUUGUAUACGAUCAAAAUGCAAUUGUAACCAAUAUGAUGUGGGAACUAUACGAUAGUUUCAAUCAUGUACAACCGAAUUAUUUGCUAAUUACUCUUUAUGUACCGGUUAUCGCAUUAGCUGUCACAGCCAAUGCACUCGUCAUCGCCGUUGUCUUCAAGUAUCAUUAUAUGAGAAGUGUUACAAAUUAUUUUGUGGUGAAUCUAUCCGUGGCUGAUCUAUUAGUGACUACGAUUUGUAUGCCAGUUGCGGCCAGCCAAGCAGUCUCGAUUGUCUGGAUUUAUGGCGAAGUUAUGUGUAAAUUGUCCUCAUAUCUACAAGGUGUGGCCGUUGCUGCUUCGGUAUAUACAAUUACUGCGAUGAGUAUCGAUAGGUACCUAGCUAUACGAAGUCCUAUAGCUUUUCGACGAGUAUUCAAUCGAAAGAGUACCGUAGUUGUCAUAGUUAUUUUAUGGCUAGUAGCUUUGAGUAUCUUCGUUCCUCUAUUACAAGGGAUGACUCUCCAAAGCCCUGGGAUGGAACUUGUUAAUAUUACUUUUCAUGGUUCCUGGGCGCUAAAGGAGAAUUUUUCACGCAACGAUACACGCGCUUCCCGAUUGCCGCCGGCUUUCUACAUCUGUUCGGAAGAUUUGAAUCCGCUUGAUAUAGAGCCUGAUUUAUUCGGUACCGCCUGCUUUAUUUUAGUUUAUGCUAUUCCUGGUUUCGUCGUGAUAUUGGCCUACUCUAUGAUGGGUCGGACCCUUUGUGCUAGGAAACCGCCGUUCGAUUGUGACAGUGUCAAGGGUAGUGCUAGCUCUCAACAAAACUUCCGAUUGGUACGUGAGAGAAGACGAAUCGCUUGGAUAUUACUGCUUCUCGCAGUGCUUUUCGCCCUUUGUUGGCUUCCUUACAAUGUUCUUAGACUGCUCAUCGAUCUGAAAAUGAUCAAAAAAGGAAAAUCGGACGUCCUGUCCUACUGUCUCUUCCUAGGACACGCGAAUAGUGCUCUCAACCCCGUCCUCUACUGCUUUAUGACACGCAAUUUUCGAAGAAGUGUUGCAGAGAUUCUUCGACGUGGAUCACGUGGAUUGGUUCGUCGUAAGCUACGUCGUAAAGAUGUUCACCGAGGUACGGAUGAUGCAUGUGGUGGAUGUAGCACAGUUGGUGACACCAGACGGAACUUUUUGCGUCAACGAAAGAUGUUGCCUGCAUGCUGUAUACCAAUGGGAGGCCACGAAACUGCAACGUCAAGCAGUGGUUAUAACAGUUUCUACAGUAAGCAGAGUCCUCAUCGUCGUUGUUACAUGUUGAGAAGCAUUCGAAGUACACCACAAAUGCAGUUAGAAUCAAAACCAGUAGACAUCAUUCAAGAUAGACAUCAGAGUUAUGACAAGAAUGAUCCAGAUGCGUGUCAACCACGACAAUGUACCGUUGUUACUAUGGACGAUCGACGUUGUACUUAAUCCUCUUCAGGUAAAUCCAACUCAAAAUUUAAACUUAAGAUUUACCGAACAAAUUUAGAACAUAUGUACGUAUAUGCUUUAAUUGAUGUAUCAUAAUUAAUUAAUUCAUACAUUAUAUUUUCCCAUAAGUUUUCAAAAUCAAAAUUGGGUUUUUACAGUAAACGUUUUAAAUUCGAUAAAUCUUGAGAUAACUCGUCGUUUAAUAAGAAUCAUUCGAUUGAUCUUUAUUGCCGAUGUUUACCAAAAUUCAUUCUAUUGACGUGUUGUCGCUAAAUAUGAAUAUUAUAGAUCGCAUGUGAAAUGUUCUACGAAAUGUCGGACAGAAGCAGAGAAAAAUAAAGACGAUUAGCCGUCUAGAAAGGUAGAAAGGAAUUAUUCUUUCUUCCUAUCUUGAAGUUUUACGAUAUAACGUAACGUGUAAAGUUACAGGCUAUGGGCAGAGAAAAGAAAUUAACGCGAGAAUGAUCGGGAGUUUUAUGAGUUGUUCUUACGAAAAAGAAAACGACUCCCUUGUCGUACCUUCUUCUUAUGUCCUAGCGUACUCCCUUUAUUACCGUCGUAAUAGUAUACGAAAUUAAACAACAAAUUAUUCGGAACGAAGGGAAAAUCGAUCGAACAUUAGUAAGCAUUGAAAAUAUUUUCGAAUUAUUAAAAUUGAAAAAUGUGGAAAAUAAUUGAUAUUGUUUUCGUCGACAAAGACGAGAAGUGCUAUUAAUUAAAUUCCCCUCAAUGUAUAUUUACAUGAUUAUACUCAAAAACAGACUCGUAUAUACACAUACACACACAUAAACACAUGCGUGCCCACAAAGGAACACAUGCACAGUGGAAACUUUUUUAUCUGAUAGGACAGUAUCGAUAAUUACGAACUGUUAUGGCUAAUCCAUAAUCGACUAAGCGAAACUAAUUCGAGAAAGGAAACAAAUUACAGGGCAAAUAAAGUAAGGAGUAAGAACAAUCGAAUUUACGACAAGUUUUAAGUGAUAAAGAUUUCUUCGUACUACCUUAGAUUUUAUUUUUGAGCAAGUAUUUUAUACUCGUAGAGAAUAGCGAGUUUGCGGUAUGCUAACUGAUUUAUUAAGUCGACCAACUGUGCGAACUUAUUUUAUGUUGUUUACAUACUAAAUUUUUAUUCCGAUCAAGUUUCUCACCAUACAAAUGUUAUCGUGAAUAAUUUAAAGAAAAAAGAAAAAAGAAAAAAGAAAAAAGAAAAAAGAAAAAAGAAAAAAGAAAACAAAUAAACCAAACGAAAAAAAAAAUUGCAGGUCGAUGUAUAUUUUUAACGUAAACUCUAUUACUUUCGAUCGAUCGAUGAGCCAAUAAAUACGACGAUUUAACAUCUUAUAGUGCUCGCGUUAUUCGCCGUAAAGUUUUCAUCCGAGCUUUUAUUGGUCAUGUGAAACGAAACCCGAGCCGAGAAUAUAUCGUUAUAGAUAGUAGACACUCGACGAACGUGUAUUGAAAAGAGAUUGCUAAUUGGAUUAUCGACUAAAAGAAAAAGAUAGGGAGAAAAAGAUAUGGAGGAAAAGAUAGAGAGGAAAAAACAGAGAGAGAGAGAGAGAGAGAGAGAGAGAGAGAGAGAGAGA